UGACGCACACUCCGCCCUGUUUCGAGGGGACCAGGGGAGGCUCCUGAGAGAGUCCCUGAAGACAACUGGGCUUCACUUGGUAGUACUCGGCUUCUGGUCUUUUUUCUUAAUUCCAAGGACUGUUUUAAGUUUUCCAAUGUCUGGCAGAUUGUGGGACCAAGAGAAAGGUGAGCCAGGGGAAGCUGCUCAGAGGGAAAACCCGGAAAGAACCUUCGACUUGGUAUUGAAGGUGAAAUGUCACGCCUCCGAAAACGAAGAUCCCGUGGUCUUGUGGAAGUUCCCAGAGGACUUUGGAGACCAGGAAGUUCUCCGGAGUGUGCCGAAGUUCUGUUUCCCCUUUGACGUUGAAAGGGCGUCGCAGAAUCAAGUGGGACAGCACUUUGCCUUCGUCCUGACGGACAUCGACAGCAAGCAGCGGUUUGGGUUCUGCAGACUCACGGCCGGCGGCAGAAUCUGCUUGUGCAUCCUGAGUUACCUGCCAUGGUUUGAAGUGUAUUACAAACUUCUAAACACGCUGGCGGAUUACCUGGCUAAGGAACAGGAAAAUGAUUUGAAUGUCACCCUCCAAGCUCUCUAUAACCACCCGGUACCGAAGGCGAACAGCCCUGUCAAUUUGAACGUGAACCAAGAGAUAUUUAUUGCCAGUGAGCGAGUUCUGAAAGACCAGCCCUCCCUGGUACCGCAUUCCUACUUCAUCGCCCCCGACGUCACCGGGCUCCCGACCAUCCCUGAGAGUAGGAACCUGACGGAGUACUUCGUGGCCGUGGACGUGAGCAACAUGCUGCAGCUGUUCGCGAGCAUGCUCCACGAGCGGCGCAUCAUCAUCUCCUGCAGCAAGCUGAGCACCCUAACCGCCUGUCUGCACGGAUCGGCCGCCCUGCUCUACCCCAUGUUCUGGCAACACAUAUACAUCCCGGUGCUGCCCCCCCACCUGCUGGACUACUGCUGUGCUCCAAUGCCCUACCUGAUCGGGAUACACUCCAGCCUCAUAGAGAGAGUGAGAAGUAAAUCACUGGAGGAUGUGGUUAUGUUAAAUGUCGACACGAACACUUUAGAAUCGCCGUUCAAUGACCUGAGCAACCUGCCGAGCGACGUGGUCUCGGCCCUGAAGAGUAAGCUGAAGAAACAGUCCACGGCCACGGGGGACGGGGUGGCCCGGGCCUUCCUCCGGGCGCAGGCGGCUUUGUUCGGAUCCUACAGGGACGCGCUGAGAUACAAGCCCGGCGAGCCCGUCACGUUCUGCGAGGAGAGUUUCGUGAAGCAUCGCUCGAGUCUGAUGAAACAGUUCUUGGAAACCGCAGUGAACCUCCAGCUUUUCAAGCAGUUCAUCGACGGUCGACUGGCAAAGCUCAACGAAGGGAAGGGCUUCUCUGAUAUCUUCGAAGAGGAGAUCACAUCCGGUGGCUUUUCUGGAGGGAGCCCGAGGUCCUAUCAGCAGUGGGUCCAUACGGUCAAGAAAGGGGGCGCCCUGUUCAACUCGGCGAUGACCAAAGCCAGCCCCGCCGUGCGGACUGCGUAUAAAUUUGCGAAGAGCCACGCAAAGCAGGGGAUAAAGGACGUGAAGAGCAAACUGAAACACAAGGAAAACGAGGAAGACUGUGGGACCUGCUCGGGUUUUGUGCAAUACGCCCCGGUUUACACGCUGCACAACCACCAGGGAGGAAGCCUGGAGAAGCGCAAGCUCACCCGGGCACGACAGAACAGGCCUCUUAAGAGCCUCGAUGGCGCCCUGGACGAUGGCAAUGACGAUGACGUGGACCGAGCCAGCAAGUUGUCGUCUGAAGACGGCGAAGAGGCCGCCGCUUAUUUUUACGAGAGCGAUGACUCGGCGGAGACGACGGGGAAGGCCCCGUGCUCCGGCGAAAUGGACCUGCUGGGAGAGAUCCUGGACACGCUGAGCACCCACAGCUCCGACCAGGGCAAGCUGGCGGCGGCCAGGAGCUUGGACUUCUUCCGAUCCAUGGACAACAUUGAUUACAAGCCCGCGAAUAAAUCCAGCGCCCCGAGCGAGGACAACCUUGCCGUCCUCGGCAGUGGGUCUGGGGACCACGCCGACUGGCACUGCGGCCAGGACGACAGCGCCCUGCAUGGCAAACACCUCCCUCCGUCCCCCAGGAAGCGGGCCUGCUCCAGCGGCGUGGCCGACUCCCUGUUUAUCCUGAGGGAGGAAAACAGCGAGAGGCCCCUCGGCGCCGCCCCCUCGGGCCUGGACGUCCCGCCCGCUCCUCCCGAAGUUGCCCAGACCCGAGAAGGCGAAACAGAAACGGAGGAAACACUAAGCCAGGCUUCAGACGACCUGCCCAUACCCGGCCUCGAGCGACGUCCGUCCAGUUCGGUCCCUUGGGAGAAAGGAGGGAAAGACGCCAAAGAGACUGCGGGAGACGCCGGACUGCUCCGCGAGGUGGCGUCCUUAGGUCCCGCGACGCCCGCCUCCCAGCGAGACGCCAGCAUGUCAGCAGGAAACCCAGCUCCCCUCAGCGAUUAAGAGCCUGCCUCUGGCCCCCGAGCUGCUCUGGAGACACUUGAGGAUCCCCCGGGACCCACCCAGUAAACGGUUACUCGGAGGAGUCACAGCUCUCGCUACUGUCUAGAAAUUACUUUGCAUUCGGAGCGUCCCUCGUUGAUCGCGGGGGUAUAGGUUCCCCGUUGAUUUUUUUUUUU